GCUGGUCUGGAUCCGCGUCUUUUCCUCCCGAUCUGAGUCAAAGCUCUGUCUUCUCCACUGGGUGACUCAGAGGAAAAGAAGAGGAUACGGUGCCCAGAAUCCUGCUUUCACCUCUCCAGACACUUAAACCAUUCUCCAGUUCCUCAGGCCCUUCAGCUCACCCAAGAAGUCAAAAGGUUCCAUUUCUUCAUCACAGUACAUGCAUACAGCCGGCAGAGAGCAAAGUUUGGUUAUCACCUUGGCACUGCUUAGCUCUGUGAUGCUGAAGACAUUCUCAUUUCUGUGCAUUACAGAAGAGAUUCACAUUUCCAGAGUUUGUAAGCUUUGGAAGAUGCUAGUUGAGCAUUCUGCACUAUGGAGACAUGUACCUGACACCUUACAGGCUUUGCCUGCUUAGUGCUUGGACCGUCUGAGCGCGAAAACCCGGAGAAAGACACCUGGCAACUGAGUUAAUGACAAUGCAGCCACUGGAAUCAGUGACAUUUGAAGAUGUAGCUAUAGACUUCACCAAGGAAGAGUGGGACCUGCUGGACAUAUCCCAGCGAAAGCUGUUCAGGGAUGUCAUGCUGGAAAAUAUACGUCACCUCGUCUCCCUGGGGUAUCAGCAUUGCAAAUCAGAUUUGAUUUUCCAGUUGGAGCAAGGACAAGAGCUGUGGAGUGAAGGAACUAGAUUUCUUCAAGGUCAGAGCCCAGGCAGGGGAAAUGCCUUUAAGGAACAAGAAAUGAUAGCCACGCAACUUAUCAGCAGGAAGGACACAUCUGCAAUCAUGCCAGUGCAGGAAUGUCAUACUCCAGAGGAUCCCUUUGAAUAUAAAGAUUUGGAAGAAGAUUUCACUCAUGGCUUCAUGUUGACUGAACAUUUGUUAACUCACACAGAAAAGACACCUUGUAUCAGUAAACAGUGUCCAAAAUCCCUUAGUGACCAGUCAUACCUUAAUCAACAUAAGCAAAUUCACACCAGAGGUAAAUCAUGUGAGUGCCAUCUGUGUGGAAAAGCCUUUAGUAAUUGCUCAAGCCUUAGGAGACAUGAGAUGACUCACACUGGAGAGAAACCAUAUGAAUGCCAUAUCUGUGGGAAUGCCUUUAUUCAAAGCUCAGACCUUAGAAAACACAAUCUAACUCACACUGGAGAGAAACCAUAUGAAUGUCAUCUAUGUGGGAAAGCCUUCAGUCAGUCCUCCAACCUCAGACAGCAUGAGAGAACACACACUGGAGAGCAGCCAUAUGAGUGUCACCUGUGUGGGAAAGCCUUCAGUAAAUGUUCUGCCCUCAGACGACAUGAAAGAACUCACACUGGAGAAAAACCGUAUGAAUGUCACCUUUGUGGGAAAUCCUUCAGUCAGUGUUCUGCUCUUAGGCGACACGAGGGAACCCACAAUGGAGAGAAAAUGAUGAAUGCCUUCAGUAAAUAUUCUGACCUUAGAUAACAUCGUAUUAUAAAUGUAAUGAACGUGGGUGAGACUUCAACCAUAGCGUUAACAUUUAAACACACCUCUAGAGGACUUGCACAUCGAAGAAACUGUCUGUAAUCAAUGUAGAAGAUCCCUCAGUCAUUCUUCCUCAUUUGACAUGCACCCGCUUAAAUGGAAGAAAUCCCUGUGUGUGACCACUGU